AGAACAGCCCCAACCAAGGCGGGAAGGAGGCGGGGACUCGACAGCCUUUGGUGAUUCUCUUGGGCUGGGGUGGCUGCACGGACAAGAACCUGGCCAAAUACAGCGCCAUCUACCACAAAAGGGGGGUGUUGGGCGUUCACAAGGCAAGCUCUGUGCAUGCACUCAUGGGUGACGUGGAGGUGGAGGGCACAUGCGCCCUCAGAGACGGUGAGUUCCCAGGACUUGCUGCUGGGUUUAUGCCUGUAUCAACAGGUAGUGCUGCAUGGGAAUGCUUCUGGGGAGAAGCGUGUGUGGGCGUGUGUGCACGCACAUGUGUGGGCUCCUGAAGGUAGUACCUACAGUGGUGUGUGCGCUGUGGGUGUGCGUUGGUGGCUGUGCUUUUUUGUGCACUUCACAGGUGGUGCAGUGGGUGCCAUGGGUGUCUGCGUCUGUGGGGUGUGAGGCGGACAAGGCUGUGUUUAGUCCCAAGGGUCGUGUGUGUGUGGUGGUGGUGUGGAGUAUGUUUGCGUUCGUUGGCGAUGCUGUGUGUAAGUUGAGGGUGGGUGGAAAGCACCCUCUGGGGAGUUGGAGCAGAGCUCUUUGUGAAAUUUUCCAGAUCUGCGGGGCCAGGUAGCAUCCGUGACCCCCCUGCAGAGUCUUGGGAGGGGUGCUUAGGUACGCUAGGGUCUUGGUGAGAGCAGAGCCAGGAGGAGUUGGGGCACAUGUGAUCACAGUCAGCGGGAGGGGACAAGGUCAGGAGGCUGAUGGCAGGGUUACCUCAGCUGACCAUCUCUCUCUGGCUCUGGGUCAUUCGAGUACUGCGCGCAUGUAAUUUUCUCCUUGUUAUUACUCCUACCACCACUAAUGACUGCUGUUCUUAGCUGAGGACUUUGUGCCAAGUGCUGUUUUGGGCACUCGAGGUACGUUUUUUCGUUUCAUUUUCACCACAAUCCCAUGAGAUGGAUGUUAUCCCAACUUACAGCUGGGAAUGCAGACUCAGAAAGAUGAAGUAAAUUGCUGUUCAUCCAUACUGUUAAUAAGUGCUGGUCCCAGGAAUUGAGCCCAGAACUGUCUGACCCCAGAGCCUGCCUAACUCAGAUUCCCCCGACAAGGGGCCCUUUGUCUCUGGCACAUGUUAAUGAGGGAGGAUUAGGACUCAGGGUGGCUUUGGCUGCCUGUUCUAACUGGCCUAGAAGGGGAUCUGUGUGGAGACCUCGAGGUGUACUUGACCCAGGCAUUGAGGGGUACAGAGGCCUAGAGAGAGUUUAGCUAAGAUUUUAGCAUUUGAGGAACCACGGAGUUUACUGUAUUUGGAACUUCAGGGAGAGUGAGGAGUGAUCCCAGGCCUUGGAACCAGACAUUUGGGAGUAUGGCCUCUGUUCUCAGGGCCCUGCGGGAAGGUGGCAGCGGCCAGAGACUGACGCCAUGUGGGCCUGGCUCGCGGGCGGCCUCUGGUGGUCAAGGCUGGGCCUGCAGGCUGUCUCGGGUGUUGGGUCUUGUGGGGAUACCUGUUUGUCCCUGGGAAGUAGGGACAGGCAAGAGCAGAGUCGCUGUAGCAGGGUGUAGCCAAGCAGUGAGGCCUUAAAUGUGCCAGAGUUGAGCAGAUGAGGGUGCAGGGUCAGGGGUGGGAGGGAGACAGGGAGCGGACCAGAGUGAGGAGGCUUCCUUCUGGUCAGCCCAGAUGUUUCCAAAGUGAGCUCUGGGCUCCAGGCCUCGCAUACCAUCCCGGGCUGAGGGGGCUUGGCCAGCAUGAAGCGCUUAUUCCACAAAUGGGCCUGGAGUGGACCUUCCUGCGUCUAGGACAGGUGAGCUGUUGCCCAGACUGCAGCAGGGCCUGGAGCACUGCCAGCUUAUGGGCCUGUGGAAAUUGGAGCUGCUGGACCCCUCUGACCUUAGCUGCUCUCCACCUCCCCACCCCAUCCCCGAGGAUGGACAGGGCCUCUCUCCUCUCCUCAGGGCUGCAUCGUGAUCCGAUACACAGCCCCCUGGCACAUGGUCUUCUUCUCCGAGUCCCUGGGCAUCCCUUCACUUCGUGUCUUGGCCCAGAGGCUGCUUGAGCUGCUCUUUGAUUACGAGGUUGAGAAGGAGCCCCUGCUCUUCCACGUCUUCAGCAACGCCGGCGUCAUGCUGUACCGAUACGUGCUGGAGCUCCUGCAGACCCACCGGCGCUUCUGCCACCUGCGUGUGGUGGGCACCAUCUUUGACAGUGGUCCUGGCGACGGCAACCUGCUGGGGGCUCUGAGGGCGCUGGCAGCCAUCCUGGAGCCCCGGCCUGCCGCGCUGCGCCUGCUGCUCCUGGUGGCCUUUGCCCUGGUGGCAGUCCUGUUCCACGUCCUGCUGGCGCCACUCACCUCCCUCUUCCACACCCACUUCUAUGACAGGCUGCUCGACGCAGCCUCUCGCUGGCCAGAGCUCUACCUCUACUCCAGGGCCGACGAGGUGGUCCUGGCCAGGGACGUGGAGCGCAUGGUGGAGGCACGCCUGGCGCACCGGGUCCUGGUGCACUCUGUGGACUUCAAGUCAUCUGCACACGUCAGCCAUCUCCGUGACUACCCUACUUACUACACGAGCCUCUGUGUCAACUUCAUGCGCAGCUGCGUCCGGUGCUGAGGUCCUUGCCCUACCCACCUCACCUCUGCUCCAGAAAUAAAUGCCUGACACCUCCCCAUAACCUACAUCCAUGGGUGGGGUCCUCUUCUGGUUCAACUCCCUGCAGCCCUCUGGGACUUUAUGGUCCUCCAGGUAGAGAAUUUCCAUGGGCCUCUGUCCUGGGGACUGUGGUGGUCUGCUUAUCCCAGGAUUCUUGGGGCAGGAGUGCCUGCGCAGGUCUCUGCGGAAGCCUAGCAGUGGUUGUGUUUGGAUAAGUGCAACAGGCUGCUGACUCCUGUGGCAUUUAGGCUGUGAAGGGUUAAUAAAGCUGCGGGUGGGGGGUAGGGGUGAGGAUGAGCCCCAGCAUUGAUCUCUGAUUCCUUGAAUAGAAGGUGAGCUUUGCAGGGAGGUGCCAGAGGGCAGGGGCAGGCUGGGGCAGGGGCUGUGAUCUGUGCUCCCAAGUCCCGGAAGGACAGAGCCCCACAGCAUGGAGUGCCGUCCCUGUGGAUCCCAUUUAGCAGUUCACUCAGGCUUCUCAUUGCCAGGGAGUCUAAUGUGGAAGCCAGAUGGGGAGCUGAGGGUACACAGGUGGGGGGCCUGUCCAGGUGUACCACACUUUGCCAGGAAGCUGCUAGAUCCAGGAAAGUUGCAAGAUGUGUGUGUAAUGGGCAGAUGGAGUGGGGUGCAGGAAGACAGCAGCGCCAGAUGGGAGCUGGGACAAGCUGAGUCAGGAGCCCUAAAGACCAGAACCAGAACCACUGGCCUGAAAAAAACUCCUUCAUCUCCUUGAGGGAGACCCACUUGGAUCCUCUGUAGGUAGAAGUGGUGGCUUCAGCCUUGGAGUCCUGUAUCAUCUAUUAUUCUACAAGUCACUGCUU